AUGCCGCGCGAUCCUCUGAUAGGACUGGUGGGAAAGCCAUCCAGCGGGAAGUCAACCACGUUGAAUAGCUUGACAGAUGCAAGUUCUAAAGUCGGUGAAUUCACUACUAUCGAUCCGCAACGGGCAAUCGGUUACCUCCAGAUCGACUGCGCCUGCAAGCGAUACGGCCUGACGGAUAAAUGCAAGCCAAACUACGGAGGAUGUCACGAGGGACGGAGAUCAGUGCCGAUCGAGUUAUUGGAUGUCGCUGGUCUGGUUCCUGGUGCGCAUGAGGGCAAGGGACUGGGGAAUAAGUUCCUGGACGACCUACGACAUGCCGAUGCUCUGAUUCACGUGGUGGACGUUAGCGGGACAACGGAUGCUGAAGGAAAGGCAACACGAGGAUACGACCCGUCUAAUGAUAUUGUGUGGCUGCGAUCCGAGAUCGUAAGAUGGAUUGAAGGGAACCUGAUGCAGAAAUGGGGGUCCAUCAAGAGGAGACAUCUUGCCGUCAAGGCGACCGCCGUCGAGACGUUGCAACAGCAAUUUUCCGGUUACGGAAGUACCUCGCAGACUGUCCAACGUUGUCUGGAUCGAGCACAGAUAAAGGAGCCACUUGAGCACUGGUCAGACGAGACGGUCGAGAAAGUCGUCAACGCAUUCACCGACGAGAAGUUUCCUACCGUGUUUGCAUUGAAUAAAAUCGAUCAUCCGGACGCGGACAAGAACAUAAGCAAGAUUUCCAGGAUGCAGGAUCCGAAGUCCAUCGUUCUCUGCUCGGCCAUAUCCGAAGUCUUCCUUCGGAGACUGGCAAAACAAGGCUAUGUCAAGUACGUGGAAGGUAGUGAAUUUGUCGAUACCAGGGAGGACCUCAUCGAAAUGGGAGAUCCUGAGGGCGGUGGCCUUAAAGAAAUGGAUGAAAAGUUGAAAACUCGCGUGGAAAAUCUGAAAGAUAUGGUAUUGUAUCGCUUUGGGUCCACCGGAGUUGUCCAGUGUCUAUCGCGAGCAGCAGAACUGCUAGGGCUCGUGCCUGUAUUUCCUGUCAAGAACAUUCACACAUUUUCUUCAGCAGCCGGCGGCGCCAACGCGGUAUUCAGGGACUGUGUACUGGUUAAGAAGAACAGCACUGUGGGUGAUGUGGCCCGCAAGGUUAUGGGUGACGUCCCCAUUGCCUAUGUUGAAGGCGCUGGAGGUGUGAGGGUGUCAGAAGAUGAAAUUGUAGAGGUUGGGAAACACGACGUACUCUCUUUCAAAGUCGGUCGAUAGUACCCGGCCGAUGUUUCAUUAUCUAAUGUACACUCUCAAGCCAUAAUGAUGAAUAUAGAAACGAGACUUAUCAAUGAUGCAAUGUAGCUCCCGGAAAAUAGAACAGAGGUGGUGC